AUGGUGACCAAACCUACUCCACAGUAUACAACUACAGUACCUAAUUCAGCUCAAUGCAUCGACAUGAGAUCGGAUACGGUUACCCUCCCUUCUGAUGAAAUGAAAGAGGCUAUGGUGAAGGCGGUACUUGGAGAUGAUGUCUACGGAGAAGACCGGACGGUUAACGAGUUGGAGGAGAGAUGUGCAGAACUAUUUGGGAAAGAAGCUGGCCUUUUUGUUGCCAGCGGGACCAUGGGCAAUUUGUUGGCCAUCAUGGCACACUGCCAACGAGGAGAUGAGAUCAUCGUCGGCCGAUAUAAUCAUAUCCACCGCUGGGAGCAGGGCAACUAUGCACAACUUGCAGGUGUAAGUGCUACAACAGUACAAGUGGGUAGUGAUGGCACAAUGAAGAUUGACGACAUUGAAGACGCCAUUCGUGUACAGGACAUUCACAUGCCCAACACCCGACUGAUUUGUCUCGAAACCACUCAUAACUAUUCAGGAGGCCGACCUUUACCUUUAGACUACAUCAGGUCGGUGCGAGAGUUAGCCUCUAAACAUGGUCUCAAUGUACAUAUUGAUGGAGCUCGUAUCUAUAAUGCUGCUAUAGCUCUGGGAGUUGAGGUCCGUGAUAUCGCACAGUACGCGGAUUCGGUUAUGAUGUGCUUUUCAAAAGGUCUCGGUGCACCUGUCGGCUCUAUACUCGUCGGUUCGAAAGCGUUCAUAGACAGGGCUAGACGUAGUCGGAAGGCUGUAGGUGGCGGUUGGCGACAAGCUGGUGUACUUGCGGCUGCGGCGCAUAUAGCUCUCAACAAUGCAGAGAAAACUAUCAGGAGGGAUCAUGCCAACGCCCAAAAGCUUGCUUCUGGAAUCAAUGCAAUAACUCCUGAUAAUCUUAAAAACGUAGAUGUUGGAAUCACAAACAUGGUGAUAUUGAAGUGUGACAACGGUGUUUCCCCAGUUCAAAAGUUUUUUGAGAGUCGAGGAGUGUUGAUGAUGCUGUUUGAUGCCACGCGGGUGCGCAUUGUGCUGAACUGGGGCGUAACCGAAGAAGACGUGGAAAAAGUGCUGGGUCACUACAAAGAAUUUAUCCAGUCCCUAAGCAAUUCUUGA